AUGGGUCCAAAAAAGGAAAAACAACAGCAACAGAAGAGUUCGACGGUUCCGAAGAAAGUGGAUACGUCUGGAAAAACACCAGCGGAGCUUGUCUACGAAUUGUUCAAAAAUGUUGAAGCUAAGUACACUGAGGUUGAUGGACUACAUCGCUGCCUAUUGCUCGUCGACGGACUUGAAUUCCACAUGGAUGCAUCCACCAAAAAAGUUGCAAAGCAAUUGUGUGCUCAACUCGUGCUUCGAACUCUUCGUUCUGAUCUUCAUGUGACUCCAUUCGAGGAGCUUGUCACUGCCAAACCUAAUCCAGAUCUGCAGAAGAAUGCUGGUGGCGAUGUUGCUCCUUCAAAUCCAGCAACUGGAAAGAAGGCAAAGACUCUCCGUGACGAUCUUGAAGAGGCAAAAGAAGCCGUGCGCCUUGCUGAAAAAAAUGUGAAAGAGUUGAGAAAUUUAGCGGUCCGACUGACAAAGACAAUUCACAAUGAUGAUAUGGAUAUGAAGAAGAAGGAGAAUCAACAGAGAUACCAGGAUCUACAGGAUAAAAAGAAAGCCGAAUUGAGAGCCGCCUUGGAAUUGAAGAAAGAAAAAGAGGCGAUCGUCGAGGAAUUGGAAAGAAAAAUUAGUCUGAUGGAGAAGGGAGAUGUUGGAGUUGAAGAAGACCAUUUCUGCCGUGGGAGCUUAUAA